UGUCUUUGUUGGGUGUCGUUGCUAAGCUGCCAGCACGAUAAAUCAAAAAUGACAGAUUAGUUAAAACAACAGUCGAUUAGUUGUACCAAAUUUUAACCAAUCAAAAUCAGAAAAACAACUAAUAUUUUAGUUGUUUUGCGAUUGCAGGCUUUUCCAUGUGGAAAUGAAAAUCGCAUGGCUCCCCAGGGUACGGCCGAAUGCUACAUGAUGUGCUUCAAAUUCGCGGAUGUCGUAGCACUGCAGGAACUUUGUUGGACGAGACAGAAGGUGUGAAAACGUGGACAUCGGCUAGCGACGAGCAGCCAUAGGCCGAAUUUUGUAGAGACGUAUGCGUGAUACAGCCCAGGACUAUAGCUGUUAGGUAAGAGCCAAAGAUCGUGAACUAUCAAAGGAGUGUAACAUUUGACGAUGCUCUCUCUAUGACAAAGUUUGGAAAGUUUAACUAUAUUCUUAUCAUAAUAUCUGGGACGAUAUUAACAAACGUAUUAUUGGAAACUCUUGGGAUUAGUUAUGUCAUACCUGUGGCCGACUGUGACUUACUAUUGACAACCAAGGAAAAAGGAGUAUUGAGUGGAGUAGCUUUCGCAGGAAUCAUUGCUAGCUCACACUUGUGGGGAUUCCUCGCAGAUACUCGGGGGAGAAAGAGAGUCAUUGUACCAACGUUAUUUUUAACGUUUAUUUCAACUGCUCUUUCAAGUUUUACUUCCAAUUUCUGGAUUUUAACGAUUUUAAGAUUCUUUUCCGGUUUCUUUAUCUCUGGAUCAUCGGCAACCAUCUAUGCAUAUCUCGGCGAAUUUCAUAAUAAGCGCAAUGGGUCACGUGCUAUAAUGGGAGCUUCGUUUGUUUUCGGCGUCGGUUGUCUUCUUCUUCCAGGAAUUGCGUUUUCCAUUAUAAAUCAAGAGUGGGAGUUCGUAGUACCAUUUCUAGGAAUUGUAUAUCGUCCAUGGCGAUUAUUUUUGGUAGUGUGUGGACUUCCGAAUCUCGUUUGCGCUUUUAUGUUAUUGAAAUUCCCCGAAAGUCCAAAAUUUGUGUUUACUCAAGGAAACCCUGAUAAAGCCAUCGAAAUUAUCCAAUGGAUGCAUAAGUUAAAUACCAGUGGGAAGGAAUCCAAGCUGCAAAUAGCUACCAUAUUGGAUGAAACUGAGCCACGACAAACCAAGGAUCGACGCGGAGAAGAGAAUGAAAACGGAUUCAGUACUCUUAUGAAACUAGUGUGGGAUCAGACGGCUCCACUUUUCAUGAAACCCUACUUAAACAAAACUGCUAUAGUUUGUAUCUUGCAAUUUGGAAUCUAUUUAUCAUCCAAUGGUUUGUACAUGUUCUUUCCGGAUAUACUCAAUCGUGUAGCGGAGGUUCAGGAAGGUGGAUCUAAACAAACUACGAUUUGUAAUGCUGUAUAUGAAACCCAAGCGAAAUUAUUAAUGCAUGAUUCUAACUUUACUGAAGCGAUACCUGAAUGCAAUCAAAAGUUGGAUAUUAUGGCCUACGAAAACUCAUUCAUAUUAGAAUUAAUGUAUGCUUUGGGUUUUGCCGUUAUUGGACUUAUCAUUAAUGCUGUAGGCAAGCUACCUAUUCUGGUUUUCGUUUUCUUCUGUUGUGGCCUCUGUGGUGUACUCAUCACAUUCAUCGAUGUACCAUUGCUAGCCGUGUGGUUAUAUGUGAUCUUAUUGACAUGUGGCUACUGCAUUAACGUCGUCAAUGCUGUCACUGUGGACCUGUUUCCCACAAAUUUACGAGCUAUGGCUGUUUGCAUCUCCCUCAUGUUUGGAAGAUUAGGAAGUGUUGUUGGUGCGAACAUCGUUGGAGUAUUACUAGACACUCACUGCGAGCUGUCGUUCUGGAUUUCGGGUAUAUCAUUAAUUGGAUGUGGGAUUCUGUCUUUCUUUAUUCCAAACAUCUACAAACGAAACCCUUCUGCGCCAAGAAUCAGUGUCUCGUCAAAUAUAUCAUCGCGAUGAUUUGAAGAUACAGACAUAAGCUAGGUUAGUUAUGGUGAAGUCUGAGUCAAUUUAUAGACUGAAAUAUUGGAAUAUCAGUACAUGAAAUAUAUAAGAUGAUCUCAUAUUGCUUGAAAUAUGUUGAUCAUUACUGCGGUUUACAA